CUCGAGCGACCACUUGAAACAGCAACAACAACACCGCGACCCGCCAUGAAGCACGGCAUCAAGCUGCGCAAGCUCCAGAGGACGCCGAGCCACCGCGCCGCGCUCCUGAGAAACCUCGUCUCGGCCCUCCUCCACCACGAGGUCAUCAAGACCACCGUGCCCAAGGCCAAGGAGGCGGCACGCCUGGCCGAGAAGAUCAUCUCGCAUGGCAAGCGCGGCACUGACCCCGCGAGGCGCGCAGCCCAGGCUUUCCUCUUCCCCGGACACCACUACACGCCCGUCUCGCCGUACGAGCAGCCCGUCGCGCCGACCCGCGCGCCAGGCUACGACCUCGAGACGUCGGACCCCGAGACGUUCCAGGCGUCCACGUCCCUGCUGCCCAAGGUCUUCGGCACCCUGGCGGAGCGGUACGCUGAGCGGCCGGGAGGCUACACGCGCAUCACGAAGUUUGGCCGCCGGCCGGGAGACUACGCGCCUGUCGCGCUCGUGAGCCUCGUCGACGGCCCGCGCGACAUCAAGUUUGAGCUCACUGCGCGCGCGGCCGCGCGCGAGAGCGCCGUCCUCGCCAACUACAAGGGCCGCGACGCGCUGCCUGAUGGCUUUGACACCUCGAAGUUGAGGGAGCGCACGGCGCAGUCGGUCAACAAGGUGCUCAAGUACCGCGGUGACAAGGGGAAGCAGGAGUUUGCGGCGCUCGCCAAGGAGUUCUCGGACAAGCUCGUGGUUGAGUCCGCCGCCGUUGGACACCGUCGCUCCACCAAGGAGACCGAGUUCCACUUCAACAAGCCUUCCCUCACAGCACCACUGCAGGGCCGCCGCGUGCUCGCUGGAGAGCGCUUCCCCGGCAUAUCGGUCCGCAACACUGGUCUCGGCCUUGCCCGCGGCGCCCUCGCACGGCACUCGGGCAAGCGCAACACGGAGGCCUUGUUUGUUUCUGAGCGUAGGGGCGACAAGGCGCCCGUGGCAGAGGUUGACUAGACGUGAUCAUGUAUGCAUUGUUGGCACUUG